AUUACUGAAUCCUCUCACGGAAGCUAUUUGUUGCAACUGGGAACUAAGAACAUGAUGUUGUCAAGGAUCUUCAGAAGAACCUCUCACCGUCCCUUCCCUUCCAUUCUCCUCCUCCUCCAUUCCCACCACCUCCCUCCUCUCCCACAACCACCACCUCCACCCACCACUCACCUCUCCAACUCCCCUCUCAUCACCGCCUUCUUCCCCUCCCUUCCCAUCUCCUUCUCCUUCUCCUCCUCCUCCCACAAUCCCACUACCAAUCUUCGUGGCGAUGAUGAUCUUCAAUCCGACACCGAAGGGGAUGACAAUGGAGAUUAUAUCGACUCACAGAGAAUUGCCCAUCAAUUGGAUGACGAAAUGCUCCGAGACGUCACCACUGUCAUCACCUCACUCGCCGACUUCUCCACUGACGCUGCCGGCGCAAAGCGCCGGCUUGAGGACUGCGGCGUUGUUCCAGUGCCGGAACUGGUGGCCGAGGUCCUCUCUCGGCUCCGCAAUGACUGGGGCCCUGCCUUUACGUUCUUUCUGUGGGCCGGCAAUGGCAAUCACCAUGGUUACUCCCACUCCGUGCGCGAGUACCACUCCAUGAUCGCCAUCCUCGCCAAGAUGCGUCGGUUUGACACAGCGUGGACGCUUGUCGGCGAGAUGAAGAGAUCCUCUCUUGUCACUCCGCAGACUCUUUUGAUUCUGAUCCGUAGGUAUGCCGCUAUUCAUGAUGUCGCAAAGGCUAUCAAUACGUUCUAUGCGCUCAAAAGGUUUGGGUUCUCGCUGAGGGUUGAGGAUUUUCAUGGCCUCCUCAGUGCGCUUUGCCGGUAUAAGAAUGUUUCGGAUGCCGAGCAUUUGCUUUUGUGCAAUGAGAAAGCUUUCCCCUUUGAGACAAAGAGCUUCAAUAUAAUACUCAAUGGGUGGUGCAGUGUCUUGGUGUAUCUCCGUGAGGCCAAGAGGUUUUGGAAAGACAUGGAUAGAAGAGGGAUUGCUAAGGAUGUUGUGUCUUAUGGUAGCAUGAUCUCUUGCUACUCAAAAGCCGGAAAUCUUAAGGAUGUCCUCAAGUUGUUUGACAGAAUGAAAGAGGAUGGUGUUCUGCCUGAUAGGAAGGUUUACAAUGCUGUCAUUUUUGCGCUUGCAAAGCACAAUUGCAUGGACGAGGCAAAGAAGCUUCUUAAGAUUAUGGAGGAGAAGGGUGUUUCUCCCAAUGCGGUAACCUUCAAUUCUUUGAUCAGGCCGCUGUGUAAAGCUCGUCUAAUUGAUGAUGCACGGCUGUUGUUUGAUGAAAUGUGGCAGAGAGGUAUUUCACCCUCUAUACGGACAUUCCAUUCGUUUUUUGAUGUGUUGAGGACUCAAGAAGAGGUCUUUGAGCUUCUAGAUAGGAUGAAACAGACUGGUUGUUGUCCUGUGAUUGAUACAUAUAUAAUGCUUAUCAGGAAGCUAUGUCGAUGGAGGCAGCAUGAAAGUGUUUUUAAGCUGUGGGAUGACAUGAGUGAAAAUGGGUUGUUACCUGAUCGUAGCGCGUAUAUUGUUCUGAUACAUGGCCUUUUCCUCAAUGGAAAGUUGGAAGAAGCUUCCAAAUACUAUGAUGAGAUGAAAGCAAAAGGUUUUGUGCCAGAGCCAAAGACUGAAGAGAUGAUACAAACUUGGCUUUCUGCAAAAGAUACUAGCAUGCGGUCUGGUUUGGCAGAGUUGAAUGCCAAGCGAGUUGCUAAUGGUUCCUUCUCAAAGAAAGACAGAGUUACUUCAAAUAUUUCACAGCCACAUUUCCUGAAACAACCGGAGAUGAGAAGUGUAACCAGAGAGAGGGGUUUUUCUUUUUGGUAGCUGAAGACUUCUGUUUUACCGGUUGAGGUUCUACAAAUCAAUAACUUUGAAGUCAUAGAUCCCCACUAUACAAUUCAGUGAACAGUGAUAUAGAAGUUUCCAAGAUGCCGUUAUGUACAGGAGAUGGAACACCUUCAGAAACUCCACCAGCCUGUCUUCCUGCUUGCAAAACCACAUAGAAAGAUCAAGUGAUGAUUGAACAUUGGUCCCACAUUGGUCCCACAUUGGCCCCACAUCUCACCAGUAAGGGGCCGUUUGGUUGCAAAGAAUGGAAUGGAAAGGAGUGGAGGAGUAAUGAAAAUGAGGGGGAUUGGAAAAGGCAUGGAAAUGAAAACUAUGUUUGGUUGGAAGGAUUGGGGAGGUAGUUUAUUGGGAAUGAGAAAAAGUGA